AUGCUCUCGAGUAAAGAGGGCUUUGUCCGCCUUCCCAGCGAGCACAUCAUUUAUACUUCCCCGCCGCGCACGACGCUGUCGUUGAAGCCUUCGAGCUCUCAAUCGGGAAAUGAACCUUUUACAAUAAGCAGCAGCUCAGGCUGUCUGUACCUUACGAACCAACGGAUCGUGUAUCUUCCCUCCCAGCAAAGUGAACAAUUCCAAUCAUUUACCACACCUCUCCUCAACAUCCACGACAGCCAUGUUUCUGCACCCUUCUUUGGUCCAAACGUAUGGGCUGCCAUAGUGCGCCCAGUUGCAGGCGGGGGAAUCCCGCCGUCACUACCGGCUGUGGAAUUGAAAAUCACGUUCAAGGAAGGAGGAGCCUUUGAUUUCCAUUCAAACUUCGAGCGUAUCAAGGAUCGCCUCAGUCAAGCAGUUGAACACGCGCGAGAUAACAGCACGGCGGCAACUGCUCGGUCUUCAACAGGGAGAGGCGUUAACUUUGCUCAUGUUCACCUCGAUGAACUGCCAGCUUAUGAUGGGGCAAGCAAUGUAAAUGUUGGCAACGGUCAGCAAAGCUCGGAUGCCACAAAUUCAAGCACCGACAGAACGCCGAGUACAGAUUUCGCCCCUCCUACAGAGCCACCGCCAGGCUAUGAGGAGGUACAGCAACAGAGCGUUGCAGCAGAGCUAGAAGACCGGCUCCGCAGGACAAGCUCUUGA